AUGGCGGUGCGGAUGGCUGGGCGGAGCUCGUGCAUUAAUAGGGCGGGGGGAGAAGCUCACGUGCGUCGCCGCCGGGACUGUGGGCUCUUGCCGCUCGCUGCGAUGGGAGGGAUUAACUACGUGAGGCGAAGCAGGGCGGCGCUGGAGGACGACGCCGACGCCGCGGAGUCCUCCUGGGAGGAGCUGCCGACGCCGCCCUCGCCCGCCGGCACCGGCCGGAGCCCUGGCAGCGCCGCCGCCGCCGCCGGGACUUCGCGGGGGCCAGACAUGCUGGGCGCGGGGGGCGGCGCGGGGGCCAGGCCGGCCAAGCCCUCCUUCGUCUCCUACAUCAGCCCGGAGGUAGGUCGGCGACUGAGGGGACCAGGCGAGGCGGUUGGUCUGAGAGGAAGGGAGGGAGGGAGGCGCGCGCGCUCGCGGGUGGGGCUGGCUGGCGGCGCGCGGGGGACGGGGUGGGAGUGGGGAGAAGGGGGCGAGGUGGGCCGGCGUGGGAAUGGGGUUCUCCAGGGCUAUUUACAUAUAUAGAUAUAAGACCCGAGAUUGAGAAACAAACGCUGGUCUAAGCUUUUGUGGAAUAAAUAAGGAGGUCUAUUAAAAAUAAUAAUAACGGAAAAUAAGCAUUGAAAAAGUAUUAAUAGUGUUAUUAAAAGUGCACUUUGUCAGGAGCGGACACUCAAGGUGUGUGUGUGUGUGUGUAUUUAUAUAUAUAUAUUUGUAAAUAGCCCUGGAGGACCCCAUUCCCACGCCGGCCCACCUCGCCCCCAAUAUAUACACACACACACACACACACACACACCCUGACAAAGUGCACUUUUAAUAACACUAUUAUUUUUUAAAUGCUUAUCUUUCGUUAUUACUAUUUUUAAUAGACCUCCUUAUUUAUUCCACAAAAGCUUAGACUGGCGUUUGUUUCUCAGGCUUGGGUCUCGAAACCCAUGGCAGAUUAAUUUUCAGGUCUCUUAGAAGAGUUGCUUCCUUCAGGUGCUGCGAAGUUGGGUCGAUGGUCCCUGCUUUAUUUGGGGAGUAUGUGCCCCUCACAAGUGAAGCUUUUUUUUUUAAAAAAAAAACUAGCCAUAGAACUACUGUAUAGCGUUGGAAGGGUUCCCCUCCCCCCCGGGUCAUCUAGUCUAACCCCCUGCAAUGCAGGAGUAGGCACGUGGCCCAUUUGGGGAUUGAACCUGCGACCUUGGCGUUAUCAGCAGGACGUGGCUUCCGCAGAAGUGUAACCAUAAUAAUAAACCUUGUGUUCGUGACGCCGCGAGACUUUUGCUUUUUAGGAUAACAAUAUAUUGCUUUUUCCUGUUUGUAGGUUAGUGUGCCUGCUGUGAAGUUCGGUCAGUGGUGCGCUUUCACUUUCUCACACCCCCCCUGCACUGUUUUGCUUUGAGGGGAGGGGGGGCAGUCACCAAGUGUGCAAGGAGGAGAAUUUGUCGCUUGUCUGGCAUCAGCGUGUGUGUGGUGCUUCGUACAGUGAAAGUCCCUGCCGCAGGAGCUUAAAAGCUUACUUGAUGGGAAGGGGGGGGGGAGAGAAGGUAACAGCAGUGGGAGGAGGAGAAAACAUGGGAAGAGAAUAAGGAUAAAUUUAGUUUUUGAUAAUGUUAAAUUACUGGGGGUUUUGAUUUUUUUUUAACUGCACAAAACAAAAAACAUUGAAACCAUGAAAUUAUUUACAUCUUGAUGGUAGCUGGUCAUAUCUAUCCUCAUGUUGGUGUGUUUUCAACAAAAAUAAGUGUCGUUGAAUAAUGGGUUUUAAAAAAUACAUUUGCUUGGUGAAGUGCCCCUGUUGAAGCUUCAUAUUUAACCAUUAGCUUGAUACCAGCUUUCCUACUGUGGUCGAAGUAAGGCCCUCCCUAGCUAUCUGUUUACUCAGUAUCAAGCUCCACUGAGCUCACUGGGACCUACUUCCAGGUAAGGCUGCUUAAAGGGUUGUAGCCUUACUGUCCAAAUAUUGCUUUGUUGAUAGAGAGGCUAGUUUCUCCCUGUAAUUCUUCAUUUUAAAAUGUCAGCCUUUAUAUACUUGGGAUGAAAUAAGGUCAAUUAUAAGUUUGCAUUUUCUGAAUGCUGCCAAGGUAUGUCAGACCAGUUUAACUUUUGUGAAGUGAUAUGACUCAAGCCUGCAUGGGAUAGUCUUGCAUUUUGUUCCUUAAGGGAUGUUUCCUGCUUUGCUCCCUCCAAGCUCCUUAAAUCUGAGUUGGGUGCAGGCUAAAGUAGCAUUGUGAGGAAAGGACCUCUUCUAUAUGCGUGUAGUAUAUUGAUUUGUAGUUACAGUAAAGCACCUGUUGCUGUGACAAAAGUAGGUGGGGAAGGAAGCCUAUAGUGCAAAGCACUCAGUGUGCUUUAUAUUUCCACUGUCAAGAGGAAGUCAGCCAGACUUUGCCAUCAUUGUAAAAAUAGCAAUUUUAUAUUUCCCAUAAGAGUGAAUAGCAGCCAUUAAUUACUAUAAGGGGAAUAUAUAGAAAAGGUGUGCACCUCUGAUGGGAGUUAAACCUGCUCUCUGCCUGUGGUGACCUCUGCCAUUACAAAUCAAAUCUAUCUGCAAAACUGCAUUCUUGAUUGUACUAAAGUAUGAUUGCAUGUGGGACAAAAAACCCAAUUAAAUUUUUCUCUUCCCCCCUCCCCUUUUAUACAGUAGCUUGGUCAGAGAUGGGUGGUGCUAAGUAGGUGUGGUUGGGAUAGGAUUUCUGAAUAUUCUCACCUCACAUCACUAGGUGUAAGGCAGGUGUAAUUCUGUGGACUCCCUCUCAGAAUUGCUUGGUUGCAAUUAGGCUUGAAAGAAGCUUUGUAGGCAUUUUUUCAAGCCUAAUUGUGGCAAAGGGGGCUUUUUGUGGGGUAGGGAGGUGUGAAGAAAAUAAGCUAACGCCUUGACCAGCUGUGCUCCUCCUGCCAAAAAUGUCACCUAUGCUACAACUUGGCUUGAAAAAAAAGCCAUCUGUUGGCUACAGUGCUCUUCCCCUGCUGCUAUUAGGCUUUAAAAUUCAAAAUAAGUCCCAGUCCCGCCCACAUUCUUGAAGGAAGAUGUUCUUCCUGUUGUUGCAAUGUCCUUGAGGAUUUUUCAGGUUCCCAAAUGUGCCCACUACCCCCAAAAGCUGAUAUUUGGAAGUGUAUGACAGAGCCAAUGAAGAAUGGUGUGAGAGUGGAGUGUUGAAAUAUGGCAUUUCCUGCUUUCUUUUAAAUGCCAGAGGAGCUUAUCAUUAGGUAGACAGGUGUGCUGAGGGAGUUUAGUCAAUUGAGGAGAGAAGGUUGUCUUUGGCAGGGUAUUGGAGGGCAAUUUGUGUUGUUGGAAUGCUGUGAUGGAAGAGGCGCUGCUUCACAACCCCUACAUCUCCUGUUCAUACAUAUUCUGCAGCAAACUAUUAACUACAUAUGGAAUCAAAGAGUAAUAGGGGAAUAGAUGGUUUCAGAUAACUGCUGAUGUAAGUGCACUGUAGGAUUUUCCAUCUCUUCUCAGACAGAGGCUGUAUGUAUUUUUGCUCAAAGGCUCAUGAUAUAAAUUUAGGUGUACAGUAAUGUGUGGGUAACUGCAAGCCUGUGACUUGUGCAUCUUCUAGAUUACCUUUGUGAAGGGAGAAUUGGAAUUUUGUGCAUAUUGCUGCUUCCUGAUUAGGCAGGCAGUGAGCCAAAUGGUUUGACUGUGCAUAGGAAAAUAUUUGCAUUGAGAGAGUGUUAAGCGUGAGGUGGGUUUUAAUAGGUAGGAGAAGAUAUUUUAAUUCCAGUUUAUACCUCCAGGCCCCCAUGUGUAUGGGAUGAAGAGUUUUAAAAGUCCCAUCCUUAGCAGCAAAAUUGAAGCAUUUGGGUAUUGGGCUGUAAAACCUUGUUUAGAGCAAGUCUAGCCAUGAAGCUGGUUCUCCCUUUAUUACCCCACUUAAAAAAGAAUCAGACAACAGCUUGUAAAGUAAGUGUAAGAAUAAGAUUUAUAAUCAUGCAAAGGCAACAGUAAAAGCUAGGCAGGCAAAGUGCUCAUAUUUACAGUAUAACCAGCCUCAGGCGUAUACCUAAAGCUGAGGCAUGACUGCAUCCAAUGCUGGUCAAAGGGAUAGAGAGAAGAAAGAGGAAAUGCCCCUUCUCCACAGAGCCCUGUUUACCAUUGUAUUUCUAUGGUCUGAGUAUUUGCCUACAGCUCUGUGGUAUUAGUUAGGUUUGGCUGAUAAUAUCCCACAUUAAGCAGGUGCCAGUUAAUCUUGUAUUCCAAAUUUAACAGCUAAUGAAUGACUUGUGACAGGUACCGGUAUGUAAAGUUCCAUAUGGUGCUGUUGUGUACCUAGUGUGGUGAAGCUGAAUAAUGGUCAGGAAAAUAUCCCUUGUUUCUUGCCAGAAUACAUUGAAAAUUGCAGAGUUUAGAGUUAUGGAAGAUGUUGUAAGAAGCUACUUUUAAAAGAAAUGGUGCCAUGCUUCCAAUUUGACGGGGGAAGAAAGCAGAAACAAUGCUUUUACUUGCCAAAGUAAUGAAAGCAGAUACUUGAACUUGCCCUUCCGGCCAGUUCCAUACUGGUUUUACUUGUUUAUAGUUUCAUUCUGCUUUGGCGUAAACUGAAGAACAUUAAAAAUGAUUUGACUAUCCCAAAUAAUUGUUAUAAAAAUACAAUUAUUGUGCGGCACUACUAAAAUUUGGUGUUUGGGUUUGUUGGUUUAGUUAUCUCCAUGUUAAUUUAUACUGGAACAAACACUAAAUAGGAAACAAAUUCGGAUAAAGUUUCCUAGUAUCUAGUAUAUUGUCUUUUCGGGGGGGGGGUCAGGUCCUUCAGAGAUAACUUGCACAAAAGUAUCCUAAGCUUCAGAUGAGCUCAAAGUUAUCCUGGGGGGAAACUUCUAUUUUCAGUUUUGUAUGUACUGCGGGGAGAAUUUCAAGGUUAAGUUGCAUUCAUUAAAUGGGAGCAAAGAGGUGCUUGGGGAAAAUCCCUGGGAUAAGUAUGUUGUCAGACAACUCUUGUCAGGACACAUUUUGUGUUAGUUUCUAAUGGAGUUAACUGUGGAGCAUUGCAAGCCAUAUGGCAACUCCAUUGACCUUGGGUACAUUUUAAGAUUAUAUACUACUUCCAUGAAGGCACAUAUGGUUUCUCCUGCUCCCAUUUUUUUUUCUCUACAACAUUGAUACCAUUUUUUAGGCUUAGAGAGCGAUCCUAGCCCAAGGUCACCCAGUGAGCUUCAUGGUUGAGCAGACUACUCAACCCAGGGUUCCUUGUUCUAAGCCAAAUACAGUGGUAGCACCACGUGGUGGGCUGGACUAUAUUUUGGGGGGGGGAAUGAAUGAAUUCCUAUGCCCCACAAAUAACCCAGAGCUGCAUUUUAAAUAAAAGGACACAUUCUAUUCAUGUAAAAACACACUGAUUCCCAGACCGUCAACGGGCCAGAUUGAGAAGGCAGUUGGGCCGCAUCUGGCCCACAGACCUUAGGUUGCCUACCCCUGGUCAAAACCAAUGACAUUACCAGGGAUUACUGAUAGCCAGGGUUACAUACUCAAGAUAGUUUCCAUUAUUAGCUAAACACCUGGUUGGCAUUACCCAAGUUAAAUUGUGGGUGAAAGGAUAUGUUUCAUCAGUUUUGCAUUUCUGGUGUUUUAUAAUUCUAGUUGCAGAAAGACCAGGUAAGCUUAUGAUAAAAGUACAGUGUUUUUGAACUUACUGUCGUGUGUUGAAUCUCAGCUACUUGUGAAGUAGUGUCAUUUCAUCUGUGAAAGCUAAACUAAGUGUAGGGAAUUUCACAUCCCCUGGAGUAGAUACUAUUAACUGUAAACACUCACAUUUUCCCACAAUAAACAGUUCACUGCUAUGCAAAGUUUAGUCUUUGCUGCAUCUAUAUUUGGCUGAUUUCCUGCUGCUUUGCAGCUUGGAUUAUGUCAAGGAUUUUCUCUCUCUCUCUCUCUCUCUCUCUCUCUCUCUCUCUCUCUCUGGGUGUGGGUGUUUGCAGAGUACCAAAACGUUUUAAAAACCAGCUAGAUCCUUCUUGCCAGGUAAAGAGAAGCUGAUGAUGGUGGACAAAAUUGACUCCAGCAUGUACUGCCUGUCAUGGCUUAUCUUGUAUUCUAUUUAUGAUCUCCAAGGAGAAUGUCUAUAUUUAUGUAGACAAAGCAGUAGCACCUCCACCCAGGGAAUUAAUCAUAGAAAACCAGGUUGGAGGGGAGUGGAAGUUAGUGCAUGGAAAAGAAGGAAGAGACUCUAGCUAUGAAGCAUAAAGAAAAAAUUGGACUGCAUAGGCCACUUCCUGCUUCAUACUGAAGCUAUUUUAAAAUGUUUCCAGGGGCAGAGGUGAGAGCUGCCCAUAAAAAUAACGGAGAAAUCCAAGAUUUUAAAGUAGCUUUGGAAUUUGUUAUCAAUGAGUCCACCCCAACCAAAAUAACUCUGCAAUAUAUAAGAUUACCCGAUAUAAGAUUACCGGAUAUAAGAUUACCGGGUUGAUGGACUAUAUGGAACUGACGGAAAGGACUGGCAGAAUCCGAAGCCAGGGAGAGGAGAUAGUGGAAGAUUACUGGAAAAUUUAAAAGGUUUAUUUAGAAAUAUUGUUAAAGUAAUGACUGUUAGAAAAAUGGUGGAAUGAUAUUUUAAGGAUUUAGCAGAAAUGCUAUAAGAAGUUGGGUGUAUAUAAGUAAUUUACCUUUAAUGGGAAAUAAGGUUAAAGAAUAUGUUAUUUAUAAUAUGACAGAAAAUAGAGAAAGAUGGAAAGGAUUUGCUGAAACAAGUACUAGAAGUGGGACACAAAAAGGGAGGUGUGAGGAAGUCGAGGAAACAAGGGAAUGAAGGACAGAGUAUGGAAAAGGAGGGAUGUUUUUAAAUUGUUUUUGUUUUGCUUUGUUUAUGUAUUUAGUUUAAUGGGUUUAGGGUGGGUUUGUAUUGUUUAUAUAUUGUAUUGUUUUUGUUUUUCUUUUUUUCUUGUUUUCCCCCCUCUUUUUUCUUUGUCUUUUCUCUCUUUCGUCUACUUUUUUGUAACUUUUAAAAGUAAUAAAUAUUAUUUUAAAAAACAAAACAAAAUAACUCUGCAAGAGGUAGCCACAAAGAGCUCUGUUCCUUCUCACUUUCUUCUUAAUUAGAAUGAAACCCUUUAAAAUAGAAUCCUACUACUGUAAAUUUCAAAGCAUGUAAAGUUUUUUAUAUUACUGGUUUGAAGAAGCUUUGGAUAGGAGAGAGUGCUUUACAACAGCCCUGCACUAAAUAGUUAAUACUGCAGCUCAGUCUGAGUGGAUUAAAACAACCCUGCAGUAUAUUUUUCUAAGGACUGGUAAAUGGUGAACCUUUAAAUCUGCAAUACAUUUCUUUCUGCCCCUACUUGUAGUCUGUUUGGUACAGCCAAGAUGAUGUGUAAAUUGGAUUUGCUAGCCACUUGUUAAAUGCACUCGGAAUAGCAGCUGUUUUCAGAAAAGGGAACUUUGAAUCCAGAUGUGUAUUUAUAUAUUUAAAGAAUUUAUGCACUUCCAAAAAUGGAGUACAGUUAUCUGAUCAAAUAUUCUGUUGCCUGAUAGAAUAUGCAUUCAGAGUUCUUGUCUUUUUGUUGCCUUGGCUGUUUUUGAAUCAGCUCCUGACUAUUGGGAUGAAUAACUCCACAAUGUGCAAAGCAGACUUAUGAACAUCUAGAGACUGCACACUUGCUCUUUAUGCAGCUGCACAUCUCAAUAAUGUGCAAUUUAUUGUUUCAGCUGUCCACCUCUGAACCAUUUCAGUCUUAGCAACAUGCAUCCUGUUUUUCUUUGAAGCUUUUACCAAUGUACCUUUUAGUUCAGGGAUCAAGAAUGUUAAGAUUUAAGUGUUUUCAAGUCACGUGUUUAAUUUUCAUGCUACCUUUCAUGCCUAAAGAGUGUCUAAAAUAUUUUGCCCCCGUUCUUGAGCUUAGGCUGUUCAGUUAUAUUACUCAAGUCCUUGCCUCUCUAAUCUUACUAGCUUAUAUACAGUAUAUGCUUUACCAUGACAUGCGUAAAUUGACACUAGUAAACUUCUAGCUAUACCUUUCUGGUACAGCUACAGCUCUUCAAACAUGAAAUAAUACUCUAGCUGACCCUACACAACUUUUUGCUCCCAGAGCUUACUUAGCUAGGAUUUCUUUAACAUUUGAGUGAGACUUUGGCAUCCAAAAUAUUCAGGUGGGGAGUGCUGUUCCAGUGGCUAUUUAACCUUCACCACUUUACAUCCAGACAGAUAAGGUGUUCUAGAUCUUCAGAGGCUAGACAACCAGAGGCUAUCUGUUCAUUUAAUGACGUUUAUUGGUAUCAUGCCAACUUGCUGCUUAGUGCAUGUGAUGCAGAUGUCCUUGGUCUGUGUGAGACUCAGAAUUUGGCAAGAAGCUUUGAAUACUGCAGAACCAUUGAACAAAAUAAUCAGGAAAACAGUUUCUGAAAUAUUAAAUAUAUUAGCUAUAUAGGCAGCAUUCUGACUAAUAGCCCCAUGAUUUUAGAAGGUAAAUGAGAAAUCAUAUUUAAGGGUUGUAACAUCCUAGUUCUUUGCCCUUCCCUACUUUUUUUUUUAUCUUGUCCAGUAUGGGUAUUUCCUAGUACAGGCUAAUUUGCAGAUUUUCUGUGAAGUAGAAAAGUGUUGCAUUUGACCAAGAAGGAAAUAAGAUUUUCCACAUCAGCCUACUGUUUUAGGUUCAACAGUAGACUGAUGUUAAUGUUGGCUUUUUCCCAGUAUCUUAAAAACUAUCAAGAUAGUUUUCAUCUUAGUAAAACAAGGUGAAUUGGUGGUGGAAAAUGAAUAUUUACCAUCACUUUUAGGUAAGAUACUAGAAAUGGGUCACACUAUAAUGGAUUGCCACUAGCAAUAAGGACAUGAGUCCAGCUUGGACCAAUGUUAUCAUGCAUCAUGUUUCUGAUAGAGCAGCCAGCCAAGUACCGUACUUUUGGUAGAGGCGCAAGUAGGUCAUUAAGUCAGUGGCCUUAGCUCAUUGUGUUUUCCCCUCUUUUUGCCUAAGCAACGAAUACUGAGGCAGUAUAUUAGCUGAACUAACUUAAAACCCUCUGAAAUUUUAGAUUAUUUAUUAGAUUAUUUGCUUCCUUUAAGGAAGCAAUUGGGAAUGCAGUUGUCCUUAUUGCUGGCGCUAUUAAAAGCGAAAGUAAUCUUCUUUCAUACCCCCCAACAACUUCAGGAAACUUUCUCGAAAAGAUUAUAAAUUCCAAUAGUUAGGGAAAGCUUCCGGUAUUUAGUCAUAAUAUUUGUAUAGCACAUCUAUUAACUGCUGCAAGAAUAACUAUUGCCAGGACAUGGAAAUCAUUACAGUCAACUAUGGGCCAAUACUACAAUGCAAUUUGGCAAAUGGCAUUAUUGAAAAAACUGAAACAAAUUAAAAAGUAGCAAGAGGCCAAACUUUGGAGGUUUUUAAACAGGUUAUAAAUGGAGGUUGGAUGGCCAUCUGUCAUGGAUGCUUUAGCUGAGAUUUUUGCAUUGCAGGGGGUUAGGGUCCCUUCCAACUCUAAGAUUCUGUGAAAUUUUAUGCAGUCUGAUGUGACUUUAUUGAUACCACACACAAUAUGGUAGAACAGUGCCCAUAGUUUGCAGCACAGCCUGGCAUUCAUGAAGUACAUAAUUUAAUUUUUCCCUUCCCCCGCUUCCUAUAAUUUCUAAUUGUUGUUGAUACAAAAUAAAUUCACUUAUGGUCAGCAAUCUAAGCAAUAAGCGCUACUAUACAUUUCAUAUCUGUCACAACUUUACACAUUUUGGUAUAUGUAUACUUAGAUGAACAUUUCUGAAUAUAUUAACAAAAUUGUGUGUGAGUGUUGUAUUUUUUUAAAAAUUAUGUAAUCGUUGCAUGCCGUAAGCACUCAUUUAAACAAUGCAACCAUGUCAAACAGUUCAAAUAUGAAAAUGAAUAAAAGCUAUGUUACAAAAAAAAAUACUGGAGCUGCUAUGUUCUUGACAUUUGCCUUAGUUGCUAGGAAGUAAAGAACACUGUUGAGUGUUAACGGUAAAUUUAUUAUCUUGGCACUAGUUUGUUUAUGCAACAAACAUGGACUGUGAUAUUCUCCCUAGCUGAAACAGGUUGUGGAACAGGAUCUGGGCACUCCUGGCUUAUUUAUUACUGGUGAAGCAGCAGCUGAGAAUAUGGUCUAUGAUGUAACUAAUGUAAAAGGAUUGUUUUUUCCCCCAGUGGAGGAGAAAGCACAGAUAGGUACCUGGAGAAGUAACGGGCAGACUAAUUAAAGUGCUAGGUUUGUUUUUUUAAGCUAUUAGGAAAAUAGGGAAUGAUGGCUAGCUGAUGCAAUUCCUAAAAUAACAGUUACAUGUAUAUAUUGAUAUAAACGUAACACAUUUUUUACUGUUGGAACCAGAAAAAUAAAGAUACUGUUAAUUAUGAAUAGCAGUGUAUUUGAGCCCUCAAUGUACAAUAUUUCUGUAGAUGGCAGGUGUGACCAGGAGUUGGGAAUUGGCAAUGUGGUAAUUGUUUUCCUUUUUGAGUGGCUUGUGUAACUUAGGAUAAGGGCAGGAGGAUAGUGUGUUGUGUUUAAUUCUACAGCCUUGGAACCAAAUGGGGGCAGACAUUCAAGUUGUCUUUCAGCUAAUAUUAGAUGGCCAGAGUUUCAGUUUCAGUUAGAAUAUCCCAACAAAAACUAAACAGCUACUUGUGUGGUAAAAUAGGAACUCAAAUUCCUGCAUAGUUUAAGUGGCAAUCAACAAGAGAAUAAUGGUUUUCUUAUCUUAUAAUAGCAACUUACACAGUUGCUUUCCUGUGUUUGUGUGUAUGAACCCUUUGCUGGACUAGCUGCUUGCUUGGCCAAUCUCUAGUUACAGUAUAACUUUAUUUGCCAAACAAUAUGGUACUUUGAACCAUCCUAAAGCAAUAUAUGUUGGAAAGCAUUUGAAACAGAGCUUUUUCCUUCUGAUUUGGACUAAUGCAAUGUCUUUUCUUCUAGGAGGUAUAUGUGAGGGAAGCCACAGGAAAGGAAGUAGAGCCAAAUUUGUUGCCAGGUAACAUAUAGACAAUGCUGUAGAAUCUUAUCAAUGUUAUACGCAUGACCUGCCUAGAAGACCUGAGAUAAAGGACAUGCGUCAAGAUUUGUCCAACUGCAUUUUUAUUCUUUUGUAGAAUGCCUCCACAAUUUCUGUAACAGAUGGUGAAAGUUGACAGUAACUAUUAGGUUCACAGCAGUACUGUCUCUCUCAAACACCUUCCUUUUUUAAGGGAUGAGGAAGACUGGCUCGAUGUUUACUUUGCUACUAAGAGGAGCUGUGAGCCUUUGAUGAAUGAUGUCUGGGAAAGUUUAAAGCUUUGUGGCUGAGAAAACUCCUGUGCCAAUGCAAACUGUUGCCAAGAAAGAACAGUUUGGAACCUUUGCAGAAUGGUUGGUAGUCUACAACAGAGGCUGCCACUGUUUUUGGACCCAUGGACAUAUUUGGAAUUGUGAGAAAGCGCCUUGGGUGCCAUCAUAAAAUGACUGCCAUGGUAGACAUGGCUGUUACCAAACAUUCUUGUUUAAGGCAAAGUCUCUCUUUGGCAAGAUACAAACCCAGAGAGAGAGAGAGAGAGAGAGAGAGAGAGAGAGAACAGCCAUAGAGAGCAGAAACUCGGCUGAAGAGGGGCACACAAUCUGAGAAAAUGCAGAUACGAUCCACCCUUUCAUUUUUCUCUCUUGGGUUGCUUCACUCUCCUCCCCACCUCCUCCUUGCAUUGGGUCUGGCUGCUACUCCCACUUACCUUUUUCUGUUGUCUUCAGUAUUUUUACAAGGUGCUUUUCCUUCUUCCUGCUUGAAGUGAACUGAAUCAAGCACCUGAGCAGCCAAUGCUCAUAGAACUGAGAAAGAAAGUGGGGAGGAGCAGCACACUGUGCACUUUCACUCCUCUCUCUGUACUUUUCAAGGCUGAGAUGGGCAGGUGUGGUCCUGCUCUCAGCCUGGAAAAGUUCAUAGUUCAACAAGCAAAGAGCGUGACACGCUUCUCACUUUCUCCUCUCCAAGUAUUUCUCAAGGUUGUGAUUAUUCCCUUCCGACUUCGGAAGAGAGAAAAAGGUGUGAGGGAAUGUGGAGGCCUUGUGUGUGCUGGAAGGUUAUUUCACAUGGUCACCACAUUAAUGCAUUGUCAAAAAGAACCCCCACAUGACUGCUGUAGGAAUUGAUUGCAGCAUCUGAGCACAGUUGCUACUUUGAUAUUUUUGGAGAAAGUAAGCAAGGGUGGGGAGAAGGAAUAGCAACUUUAUCUCUGAAAGAUGUAUAGAAUGAAGACUACUGUCUUGUUCCUGUAUGGUGAACUGCAUCUGCCAAUAUUGCCCUGUAUGGAGAUAUUAGGUGUAGAAACCCUAUUUUCUGGCAUCUGGCCACCCUUGUGGGUAAAAGGUUUAGUGGAGUUAAAGGCGGGUCCCAAAUGUGAAGGAAGCUGAAGACUCUGCUUUGCCAUUCAGCUAACUGUAGAGAUGGGUAACUUGUGGGCCUACAGAUGUUAUAGGACUACAACUCUCAGUGGUCAGGGAUGAUUGAAAUCAAUUAAUAUCUGGAGGGCUACAGGUAAAUGAGAAUGGGAAGGUAGUGGAAAAUGGCUAUAUGUAGAACAAGCUUGUUUUAAAGGCUCCAGGUGUUAAUGCAGGCACCCCAAACUUGGCCCUCUAGAUGUUUUGGGACUACAACUUCCAUCAUCCCUAGCUAACAGGACCGGUGGUCAGGGAUGAUGGGAAUUGUAGUCCCCAAACAUCUGGAGGACUGAGUUUGAGGAUGCCUGUGUUAAUGGGCUUUAGCAUCCUUCCUUCCAUUUAUGCAGUGUAGGUAACUAGCCAUGUAAUACAGAGCGUACUUAAAAUAUUGAAAGUGGAUUUAAUGAACACUAGGGGCUCUGUAAUUUAGACCAAUAAUACUCAACAGCAGUCGUUGAUUUAAAUAUUUCGCAUCUGUAAUUCAAGUACUCUUUCCUGCAGUGAAGUUACAUGUGACAACUUCAUUUGUAAUUUGUUAGAGAAGCUUUGCAUUAAAGAACCUGAGUAGUUCACUACACUGUGCUAAGAAGCAUGUUGAUUUCCAUCAGGUGAACUGCUGCUUUGCGAGGCAAAUAUGGUUUUGAAGUACACACAAGAUGAUGGAUCAAACCGUGGCACCUAUGGGAAACUUAUAUGCACAAAUUUCAAGAUUUCAUUCCUUGGUGAAGAACCUGCUUUGGAGGAUGAUGUAAGGAAUCUAAGUUAACCUUAAGCUAUCUUGUGAGUGUAUCCUCUUCAUUAUAUGGUGGCAGGCUGCCACAGAGUGCAUUUAGAGUCCAGUCUAGAAACUGUUGAAGCAAGAAUGAUAGUAGCGAGAUCUCUAGUUUCCAGUAGUUGAUGUUCUAGUUGAACUGAUAAGGACACUCUGGGCUACAGCUGCAACCUGAGAAUCCAGGAAUAAAAUUGAUUUUAGCAGUGCCCCAAGACAAAUCUGACCUAAUAAGGAAGGGUGAUCAGAUCCAGAAUGAGUUGUAUCCAUAGUCUGUUGAGCUGCUUCCUCACCUAAAUAAAUAAAAAUAAAUUCAUAAUCCAUAUAAAACAGUUUAAGCAUUCUCACUCUGUCAGUCACUGAUUGCAGGCACAGGUUCAUGGACUUUAGCUUGGUUUACUGAAAACGAGAAAUGGAGCAUGCUGUAAUUGGAAUAUGUUGACUUACUCUGAUAUCACCUGACAACCUCUGCCAGCAGUUUAAUGUAAAUGCCAAAUACCACGGGGGAAAAUAUUGAAUCCCAAGGAAUCCUACAGAAUAACUUGCUUGAGAAGGAACAGUCUCCCAGUACCACCUUCUCAAGCCUACCUUCCAGUAAGCAGAACCACUAAAAAUGGUGCCCUGAAUCUUGCAAGGAAGUCCAGGAGGAUACUGUAGUGGCUGAUACUGAAAGCCACUGAGAUGUCUGAGAGGAUCAAGAGUAAUACUCCGUCUUUCUCCUAGCAAAGGUUGUUCUCCAGAGAGGCCCAAACAGUACCUCAGAAUUAGAGACACCUGAAAUGAGGCGGGGGUUAGAUAUUUUGCUUCAUCCAACAGUGGCCAGGGAUGGCUGCCUGCCUGGCUCUGCAUGCGAUAUUUAAAUAUUUUGCAAAACACCACUCUGGCCCAUUUAGGUUGGAGUCUUAAGGUAGAGGUUUCCCUUAAACAUGUAGCUUUUAGAAUACUGGAGGUAAAAAUGAGGCUUAACAAUUGUCUUCAAAUAUUAAAUGUGUAUCUAGUUCUUUUAGGAUGGACAAGUUGCUGGUGAACAAUUAAAUUAUCCACAACUUCAAAUAUGUAGCGAUGUCAAAGCAGUCUCUGUAGUAAAGUGAUUUGUUUUUAGGUAAGAUUAGAUUGCACAUUGUUAGGGAUGUGACAUUAAAAUUGGGCAUUUUUAGGCAUCAAUGGAGAGUAAUGGUGGUCUGUUGGUGCUCUUGGAAGACUGAGGCUUUGGAAAUAGGAAAAAGAAACUUCAAAACUCGUAGCCACAAGUGAGUUGAUUAGACUGAGUGAUAGUGACUGCCUCAAGGUCACACACUGAGCUUUAUGGUUGAGAGUGUACCCUAGUCUUCCAGUCCUGUUAUUAUGAACGUACCUUAUACUUUGUAUAAGUAAAUGAAAGUAAAUGAAAAGACUAGUGUCUGUUAAGGAACACACAAAACAUUUUUCUUUUUUCAGGAACUAGAAUUUUAUAAUAAAAUCAUUGGGGAAAAUGACAUCACUCUUCAGUGUGUGGACCAGCUUUAUGGAGGUAGGCUGACAACUUCCUGUGACUAUUUGGUGUCAACUAAACAACUUAUUUCACUUGGUGAUCCUAAUCUAAAGUUCAGUUUUGGUGCCACUUGUUUGAGUUUUAAUUUGUAAAUCUUAUAUAAUGUGUCAAGAUCACUUGCUAUGAAGCAUGUAUUCCAACAUAUUCAACUCUCAAAUAGCCUUGCUGGCCAGAUAGUUUUCCAUUCCUUAUAUCAGGAUGAAUGAAUGUCAGCUCCCGUUAUGGUCACUAAUCUAAAAUUAUUGAUAGAAUUGUUCAUGAUAGAGAAGGGGUAGAUUUCCCUGUUCUAACUCACUGCAUGGAGAAAUGUUAAAACUAUUUUUCCCCCUUAAAGUUUAUGAUGAGAGAAAGAAACCCCUGAAUGGUCAACUGAGAAAAUACCCAGAGACGAUGAUAAUCUACUGCAAAGAUCUCAGAGUGUUUCACUUCUGCUUGCGAUACACCAAGGAGGAAGAAGUAAAACGGGUAACUGUAGCCUCAAUUCCCUUUCUUUAGAACAAAAACAUUUGGGAGUAGCUAUGACAAAACUUUCAUGAAUAGAGUGACUAAGCUUUUUCCGUCGGGCAUUUACAAAGUUUUAAUGUGGAUGUGCAGCAUCUUGGUACACCCUUCUGAAAAUUUCUCUCCUGUUGCUUUUAUGAAACCUGGAAGCAAGUCAGAGUUGUCAUGACAUUUGAAACCUGAGUUCGUGGUUUCAAACAAUGAGCAGUACCCAAGGUUUGUUCUUUGUUUACUGCUUGUAGAUGGUUUGUAAUAAAGGAAAGCAUGAAUCUGGGUUCAGAUGUUGGAACAAGCCAGAUUCUGGCUUGUUUUCCAGUGGCACAGGAGAAUUGGGAAAAGGAGCACAGAGAGAACUUUUCAUGUUCAACUAUUAUGAAUAGAAAUACAGUAUUAAAAUAGUACUGUUAAAAGAAAUAUGUAAAUAUAAAGAAAAACAGUAAAAGGAAUAUUCAGCUAGUGCUUUUAUCCAGCAUUGAUACAUUCAUCACACACUGACAGAUACUGUGUGAACAUACGGGAAGUCUUGUUUCUAAUGGCAGCAGUAGGCUUCUUUUAUGUAUUUGAAUGAAAAAUUGACACAUUUAGAGAAAGCGGGAGCAUCCCAAAUUAGUCACUCUUUAAAACUUAAAAAAUUAUUACUUCAGAAUUGCCACUGAGGAUUUGGAAAUCACAGGAAAAUGGCAUGCGGUGUUUGCAUGUUCUGUAUUCACACAAAAGCCCUCAGGUGACUGGUUGUAUCUAUUAUAAUAUGUACAGCUUCUAGUAGCAUUAAAAGUGCAGUCUACAUAAUAGUGAAGCUUCUUUCCUUCGGUUUGUCUGAACUGCUUUGACAUCGCACCCUAGCCCCAUUGUUCAGAUGUCGGGAUAAAGAGCCUCAGGCUUGCUCCAGUUCCUUCCCCCAGCUCCUGGUUCAUGGUGAACAUAGCUUGCUUGAUUUGGAUGGCCUUCCAGCAAACCAGGAAAUAGAAUGGAGAGGAGUUCGUGUUCAUGCAUGCAGCACCUCCUCAAUGGCGAGGCCAUAGUUUGGCUGUGGCUCCGUUUAUACAUUGAGUGCAGAAGCUAGAAUUCCUUAAGUCCUUUUUACAUCUAGUUCUGAACAUUGCAGAAGUGUAUAUACUUGGUAAUGACACACAAAUUGAUAUUGGCUUCAUCUGUUCACCCAUCCUAGAUAAUGUAGCCUCGGCCUAUGUCGCAUCAUAUAGUUCUACAUUUGGUACAUUGUUUAUGGAGUUGGUCCCCUACUGGGAGUUGUCCAUACUCAUGGGUGUAUGGAAAGCAUUGCAGUAGUAUAACGGUUUAGACUGCACUGCCUUUAAGUUUAAAAAGUGACCUUAAUAUAUAUCGAAAAUGUGUGGGAGUCUUGAACAUUUAACUUCUCACUACUUUUCUCUGUUUUAAACUUAAAGGCAGUGCAGUCUAAACCUGAUCUGACAAACCAGCCAGUCUGUUCUCCCUUCCUAGGAUCAGGGUACCUUAAACACACUCCAUUCCUUUCUGGGCGCUUCCUUUGCUUCAGUCGCAGAAAGGUGAGAGCUAGUAGCAUGUUCCUUGCCUUCCUGAGUAGUAGCAGGGUUUAACUCAUUCUUUUCUGCAUGCCUCAUUUGCCCCAAACAAGGAUGGAGCUUCUUGGUAAGUGACUAGACUUCCUUUCUGGCUAAUCCUUGUUCUGGUUUAUAAAUGUGUUGAUUUGUUGAUCCUUUCUUAGAUCGUCAGUGGCAUAGUUCAUCAAACACAGACUCCUAAGCUAUUUAAACGCUUGUUUCUGUUCUCUUAUGCAACAGCUGUACCAAGUAAAGCAGGUAAGCAUAUAUCUACUUGGUUUGGUUCUCAGUAUAAUUGGGGAUUAUCUGUUGAAGCAAGUUUGUUCUUCAGGUGGUAUAACUACUCAUGCAGAAGUGGAAUUUAUGAUACUGGCAAAUGUCAAAUUAUUUUCCUUACUAAAUUUGUUUAGGUGUUUGGUGGUUUCAUUUCCCAUUCAUUUCAAUGGCAGUAGCAUGGUCAUCUAAGUAGUAAGCUAUUUUACUAUGAAUCAUGAGAUGUGAUAAAAUGCCCACCUGUAUGGAAUCAAAGAGAGGAACUUCAGUGGAUGUCUGUAUAAGUCUCUUCAACACUUUGUGCUGAAUUCUCUCUCUUGCUGAAAAAAAGGAUUUGCUAGGAAGGCUGCAUGUCUGAAUUUUUGUCCAAGUAUUUUGAACUUAUGAGAAGGAAAUCAACAGGCUUCAUUUCUGUAUGCUUGGAUUCCUUAUCUAGUAAAUAAAACUAAAAGCAGCUGUGUUUAGCCUGAGAAUAACUGGGAAAAACUUUUCUGCUACUUCUAGCUGCUGAAAUGAUAUAAAUGUAGUGUGUGUCUUGUUUUAAUCAAGUGGUAGAAGCAGUGUCACUUAACUGUACUGAGGUGAGACUAACCAGGGAUAAAGAUAAACGGCAACAAAGAUCUUCUUCAAUUUCAUAUCCAAACACCUUUAGGUAAAAUCCAGGAAGGUACUAGGGCAUCCAUACAGUACUCUGUACCAUCACACAGUAAGCACUCCCUAAGUUGUAUGUAACUGCAACGCAAGUGAAAACUAUUCCAAAACAUUAUUUUGCCUGUGUGAUAACUUGGCACUAUGUUAAGUCUUUGCCCACAGUUAUUUUCCAAGACUGAAGUAUGAAUAUCUUGGAACUGAAAACAUACCCCAUACCUACCUUAAUUUACCUUUAAAACAUUCUGUAUUUCUUAAGCUGUAACUCUGGUGCCAGUUUUCUUCCUAGCCAGCGUGGAUUUCUUGAUAUUGUCACAAAGUUGAAGCAGAAAGGGCAGUGCUUCCCACCCUUGCUAUGAAUACGUGAAUAUCUUGGCCUGUUUUUCAAACCACUCCUAAAAUGACAAAACAAAGUUAUUUAUGGUGGUGUGCAGCUUCCUGUUAAAUGCUUCCCCUUCCUCAUUUUGGCUAAGCCCUAGAAAUAUUUUAAUCCAAUGGGCUCCUUGGUAUAUACUUCCUGUCUGUAGAAACAUUAUGAAUGAGAAGAAGGAAGGAGAAUUUUUUUUAAUCGGUUGGUAUUCUAAGGGUAGCUUCUCCUUUUUCGUAGAAAUAUUUCCUGCAUGAUUUGAGUGUCCCUAUGAUUGGUCUUCAUUAACAUUACUAGUGUCCCACUGUGCAAAGGCAAAGCAGCUCCCUCAUUGGUGUGUUUAUGGCAAAAUAAACACCUUGCACUUCAUGAAUGAUACUAUAUAUACUCUUUCCAACACUGGGAUUAUUUGGGUGCAGGAAAAAGGUUGGAUGUGAAACAAUGAGAUAGUUAUCCAGUCACUUCCCAGACUGCUGGUAUACUAGUGUCUGGCAUCCGAUAGCCAUGUGUUUGCAUAUAAUUCUUAUGGCUAGACUGACUUGCUAUAAUGCAGUUUUUAAAUGUGUGCUUGAUUAUUCAUUCCAGGUUUCUCCAUUUUUAUCCAUUCUUGUUUUACGUCGACAUGCAGUUUGUUCAUAUGUAGCUAAUCUGUCCAUAUUAUCAAUCCAUGUGCUCAAUGGAAUCUUUUUCCGGCUCUUCCAAUUCAUCUAAACAAGGUUUUUUUGCUUCUAAUAUAGCACAGUACAUCCAUUUUUUUUUGACCCCUUGAAAUCUCGCACAUUUCCAGAAUAUAAUUUAGAAUUAAAUUCAAUUUCCCUAAAUAACAAUUUCUUUUUAUUACUCUUGCUCUAAAUAUCCUCACCUCGCACCAAAAUGAUCUUAUCAUCGGGCAGUUAAUCAACAUAUGUACUAAGUUCACAUUUUUGCUCCCAUAUCUGCAGCAGUUGUCUGCACUUGUUAUUUUCUUCUGGUAUAAUUUUGCCGGAGUCCAGUGGACUUUGAAUAUUUUCUGUUGAAUAAGUCUUAGUCUUAGAUCCAUAGUGGCUAUUUCUGUUGAUUUUAUACUUGACUCCCAUACAUCACUUGUUAUCUGUACCCCUAACUCUUCACUCCAUUUUUGUUCACUCCAUGGUUUUUGUUGUAUGUAUCUUUUGUGGUCGAUGUUUAUAUCGGAAAAAAAUAUUUUUUUUUAAAGUAUGCUUAUUUCUCAUAACUGGCAUUGAUGUACUUACAGCUGCACUUAGAAUUGUUUGACGCUGUAUUUUGUACUUCCACUGCUCUUUAUGGAAAUUCAUCAAAAGUUUAUAACCACCUAAUUAGAUUUAUGUGGAAAAUCUGUAUUGUGGAUGUAUUGGUAUGAAUUGAGACUACUGCUUUAAAUGGCAUAUUCUGUAUGUGCUUAAAAUCCUUCAUUUUUAAACUUGCAUUCCUGAAAAUGUUAGGUUAUGAGGGAGUACUGAUGCUUGUACAGACCAUGUUGCAAAUGGGCACAUUUGCACCUGAAUUUUUGGCAGUUUCCUUUUUAGGUUGCCUCUUUUGUGGCACUCCAAGCUAUUCUUGAAGCUGACCUGAGUUCAAAAAGCAGUUUGAGGAUAUUGAAAGCAAUUCAAAGAGGGAAAAGGGUUGAGCAUGUAGAAACAGAAAUUUCACUUUAAACUGCCAAGUUUGUGUGAAAGCUUCUCGCUUUGGGUUAUGGGUGUAGUCUCUAGGUCAAAUCAAUAGCUUUGUGUAAAUAUGAUGAAAUGCUAAUUUCUACAUUUAAAUCACAAAACUAAAUUCAGCCAGUCCUGUAGCUAAACUUUCUAGUUUCUUGCUAAAAACACCCCAAAUGUAUGUUCUUUUGUUAGAUUGGUUAGAACUAACAAAUUAUAUUUUGACAGAAAAAAAGAAUCAGACAGUGAUGUUUGAUUCUAUUAACGACUGGCGUCAGGAACUGGAACGAACCAAAGGAAACCUGAAAUUCAAAGCAGUGAGUUCCAAUGAAGACUACAAAGUUUCUAAAAAGUAAGUAUAGCUCACAUACUAUUGCUAUUGAACAAAUUAACAAAUGUAAACUGAUUUCUUUUAUAUCUGUUCUCUAAAGCUCUGAACAGAUUAAUUUGAAUAGCAAUCUUUGGGAAUUUAUUCUCUUAAGGUGUUUGCAGUUGUUAACAAUGAUUAGGUUAUUCAAACAGAGGUUCCCAUAAAUAUAGCAUUUCCUUUUUUAUGGUAAUUUUUAUUAGUUUUAAAUUACAAUCUAAUAAUAGCCUCAUUAUAACAAUACCAAUUUAUAAUACAAUUAUUAAUACCAAUAGUUCAAAUACUGAAUUACAUACCGUAUUUUUUGCACCAUAACACUCACUUUUUUCCUCCUAGAAAGUAAGGGGAAAUGUCUGUGCGUGUUAUGGAGGGAAUGCCUACAGGUGGCAUGCCUAUGGAUUUUCCUCCUCUAAAAACUACGUGCGUGUUAUGGUCGGGUGCGUGUUAUAGAGCAAAAAAUACGGUAAUUUAGAUAAGGUGGCUCUCCACGUGCUAGAAUUGACAGCUUGAUUAUUUGCUUUAUUCCUGCAUUCCAAAAUCUUAAUUUCUAUUACAUUCAGGUCAUAAUAAUCUUUAUACAACAAUUGUAAUACUAAUAAUUUCUAUUUGUGUUGACUAAUUAAAUGAUAUAAAACUACAAGUGAGGAACUCAAACUACAUCCUUGUUCUUCCUGUGUGUGGCAAUUAUUCUGUCUGUGGUGUUUCUUCCUGUCCUUGUAAGAUGUUAUGUCUUUCUUUCCCCUGGUUGUUGCUGUUAACCAUCAUGCCUUGUGCGAAUAGUUAGCAAUGUAGUUAGGCAGUCCUAAAAGCAAAACUCAGGUUUCUAGGUAGGAGCUUGAAAGCUAGAACCUGCAAGAUAGCUUUUUUUAAAAAAUGCUACUUAUUCCAUACACAGGGCUAGCAAAACAAACACAGCUAAGUGCCCUCAAUGUGUGGAUUAGCCAAUAUAGUGGUACCUCUGGUUGCGAACGGGAUCCGUUCCAGAGGCCCAUUCGCAACAUAAAUAGAAUGCAACCCGCAGCAGCGCGUCUGCGUAUGCGUGGGUUGCGCUUUGCCUCUUCUGUGCAUGACAUAAUUUUUCACGCAUGCGCGAGCGGCGAAACCGGAAGUAACCCUUUCUGGUACUUCUGGGUCGCUGCAGGACGCAACCUGAAAAAACGUAUCAUGAAGCAAAUGUAACGUGAGGUAUGACUGUAGUGUUUGUAGGAAGUGUUUGGACUGAGGGACAUUUUGGACAAGCUAGACCUGCACAAAUGGGCUGAUAAUCCACUUGAGUCAGAAUGGAACCAGACUGGUUGGUACCUAAAAUAAUAAAGGUGGCAGAAAAGCUUGUAAACUGAUUCAUGAGGAAAAGCCAAAAGGAGUUGAGGAGCGUCGGGUUCAACCUAAAUCUAGGGGAUGAGAACAUUGGUCCAAUAGGGGGAGGGGUUGCAGUAGGCAUUGGAGGUGCAGAGGUGAUAGCAAUUUAUAUAAACCAAAGUUCCAUAAGUAAGUGCAGAUGACAUUUGGGGAGAGAAAGUGUAUAAAUGUUGAUAUUCUAAUGCUAGAAACCUAGGAAGCAAGCUGGAGCAUGUUAUUUUAAAGGAUGACAUACAUACAGGGAGUGUAUCCCCUGGAGGAAUGGGGAGAGCCAUUAGAUAGCUUGUCUCUGGAUACAAACUCUAUAGUGGGGUGCCCUACAUGGUGCCCUCCAAAUAUUGUUUGCCUCUGGUUCCUAUUUUGAGAACUUUUAAAAAACUGUACAGUUCCUGUGGUGUUCCACAUCAUAAGUGCAAAUUGCUGUUGACUUUUAAUUAAUGUUUUCAGGUUGCCAGCAUACUUCGUUGUUCCCAUGUCUGUCUCUGAAGAGGACCUUUUGGAAUAUGAAGGAAGAGGAAUUCCAGUGAGUAUAUUCGUAGUCAAGAAUUUAUGGAAGACAUGUAUGGGAAUGAAGUGAACUUUACACAGGGUGUGUUUAGGACUUGUUGUGGCACAGCUGAAGAAUCUGAGUAAUAUAUCAAAUGAGUGCAGUUUAAGAACAGAAGCUGAGCAAGAAAGGAGACAGUUUUGUACUCCUGAACAUUGGGUCAUGUAAUUUUGUGUGAUGUUAAUUUCUAUCUAUUAAAUAAGGAUAAAUGUUGACACCACAGAAUUCAGAAUGAAAUUUCUGUACAUUCUGUGAAUGAAGUUGGAGAAUUUUCCAUGGUUUGGAGAACUGGAAGUGGAGCCUUGGGCUUUGCGCACUCCCACUUGGGUGAUGUAAAAAAAGUGGCUUCCCUCAAACCAGACUUGGAGACUGAUUCAACCUAUGUCUUGUACAAACAUGAAAAUGAGUAGGCAGAAAGCACGUGAGCUAGAGGUUAUCGUAUGAUCAUCUAACCUAACUCAAGAUGUUUAAAAAUGAUUGCAGUUUAUUAUUGGCAGUCCUUAAGAAAACUAAAUGUAAUGCAGAAAUGCUGUAGUGAUCUAAUAUUCACUCGUAACAUGCUGUUGUAGGAUGCAGUUACCUUAUAACAAAAUGAAUGCCCCUUGGGUAAUAUUUACUGAUGAGAAUAAACGUGUGUUGCAGAUUUGGUGUUGGUCUUGCCACAAUGGUACUGCUCUCCUCAAGAUGUCUACUCUGCCCAAAGCACAAGAUGACAACGCUCUGCAAACACAGAAAAUCUUCUUAGAAGAGUCAGUAGUAGCUUCUUUCAUUUUUAAGCGUCUGUGAGGAUCUUCUCAUCAGGCUUUAUUUCAUGCCGACUUUAUAUGCAUGUUACAAACAUUUGCCUUUGACUAUGUUCAUUGUGCUAUUACCACAAGGGUGAUGUGAACUGCAGGUCCCCCCCCCCCCAAUGUUGACUGACUUAUGCAAUACAAGUGAUUGUUUGCCAUAGAUGGCUGUUAAUGUUGUUUAUGCAUUCUUCAAUGCAUUCUGGACAGACAAAAAACCAAUUGCUAACCCAGAGCACAAUGAUGAAAUUCCCAAACAGCAGGGUGCAUCUAACUGCCAGUAGCUAUAGGGCUUGUCUAUAGGAGCAGGUCUAAAUCAACAAACAAAGCCUAUGUAUCACUUUGUCUUCACCAUUGGUUCUGUAAGCAUCCCUGGAACUUUGGAAGAGGAAGAUUAUAAAUAUGUAAAACACCACUGCCAUUAUAAAAAUUAGAGGUACAGUUUUAACAAUAUAACUGGGAGAUACAGCAAAGUCUCCAAGAGCUCAAGUAAAUCUAGCAUUGUUCCUCCUAUCUAGAACUGAAAUAGGUAACUUAGGGCCCUCCAGGUGCUGUUGGAGUACAACCACCCAUCAGCCCCAGCCAGCAUGACUGAUGGUCAGGGGUGAUGGAAGUUGUAACACAAUAUCUUACUAGUGGCCACAGGUUCUUUACCCCAAUUAUAGAGUGAAAAAAACCAAUCAAGAAGACCAUGUUGUUUUUUACCAAAGUAAUUGCAUAAAAACUGUGUUCUUGUUGACUGUCUUUGCCACACAUGCUAUAGCUGAUCUUAUACUCUGAACCCUAGAAAACUGACAGUUAUAUUGACAUGUAAGAAAUUGGAUUGUAAACUUCCUUGCUUUUUAAUUUUAAAAUAGUCACUAUUAAGCCAUUUAAAUCAAAAGUUUUAAUGUGUUUUUCAGUAUGUAUAAGACACUUGAUAACCCUCCUUAUGAAGCCAUGAAAGUUGAUGUCCUGUCAAGUAGUCUUCCGUCUCUGCAAGAGAUCCAAAUUGCAUACACCAGAUUUAAACAGCUGUUUCUGAUAGGUAAGUGGAAACUAUAUUGAGGGCACUAUGGAGGAAUAUCCUAUCUAGACUUGCUAAAGCAAAAAAUAUGCUUUUUCUCCAGUAACCACCCCACUGGCUGAAGUCUCCAUUUGAAAUUUGUAACUAAACUUGUAUUUUGCUUUUCUGAUACAUGAAGUGCUGAGAGGAAUUAGCUGUUUGCAAAUGUGUGAAAUCAUGUAGUAUGUCUAAAGCCAAGGAUAUACUGUUCUACAGCACUAAGAGCCAUAGCAAAAUAGCACUUUACAAAAGAGAGCCACAUCUAACUUCACUACCCCUAGACCUAUCUUCUGCUUCUGAUACUACUGACCACAUAUGUUUUUUCUUUCUGUUCUCCUUGUUCAAUCCUAUCCCUUUGAGUUCAAGGAGUUUCUCUGAUAACUUCCCACUUGCUGUCAGUGUCAGACAUUUGGUUCCAGUGCUCUACUACUGUCAGGGGUUCAGGAGCAGAGGCACAGGAAAGGGAGGAAAUAGAGAGCGAGGGGGAGGAGUCCGAAGGAAAUGUUAGCGAUGACAGCGGUCCGAGGUCUCUGAGUCUUUCCAGCGAAUCGGAAGAUUCACAGAAAGGGGCUCCCUUGGUCAGAGCAAGGGGGUGCCGAGGGGACACCCCAGGAACAAGGGGCCAGAGGGGACUCAGAGAGCAGCAGUUGGAAAUCAGGACCAGCGUCCACACCAGAGUGCAGGAGGGGGAGGGGUCCCAGGCAUCGGGAUCUGGCGGCGCACUGCCAGUGGGAGGACAUGAGUCAGGAUUGGCCACGCCUCCAUCGGGGAGCGAGGAAACGGUCGAGAGGAAGGUUGAAGGCUGGGCGCGCGCGCCAAGUUCAAAUGUACAGGAGGGCGGCGCAGUUGGCAGCCCGGCUAGGGAGCCAGGUCCCAAAGCCCGCCGAAACGCGGGGGCGGAGUCAGGGGGGACAACGUCAGCGUCAGAAGAAUCCAGGAAGGAAGGGACCCCGGGGGGUAGCAGGACCCAGAGGAGAAAGGAGAGACGUAAGAGGUGGAGUAAGGCUAGAAUCUUAAACUGGUGUACAGGGGGGCGGAGACUCAGAUGGAGCUUCGCCGAUCUAACCCCUAGACGUAGAGCUGGGGCGCUGCGGCUUGAAAAUGGAAACUGUACUUCAAUAAAGACUUUUGUACAUUACUGCCGGCUAGCGUUGGUCCUCUGUGAGCUGGGACCUGGAGCCAGCUCUGACAACUACUUAUUCAUUUGAGCUGCUCUAUUGUACUGAUGACUUACUGCUCUGCUUCAUGUUUUUUCCAGUGGGUGCAAACAUAACAGUCAAUACAUAUCUCAAAUAUCAUUGUGCCUUUUGAAAUCUUCUGUUCUUUUGAUGUAACGUACUUUAGUUGCCACCAGAAAUAACUAAAAACAAUUUAUCUUCUUUUUACAGAUAACAGUACAGACUUCUGGGAUACUGAUGUGAAAUGGUUUUCAUUAUUGGAGAGUACAAAUUGGCUAGAAAUCGUAAGGUUGGUGAAACCCUGCUUCAACUGUAGUGCAUCUUAAAAAGUUAAUGUUGUAAUAAGCUAGCAAUGCCAAACUUAAUCUGAAUUAGCUCCAAGAUGUAAUCACCCGUAUAAGAUCAAACGAUAACACAAUGGCUUUAUGGACUUCAUAUCAUAAUUGAGACCUUCCAUUUAAGUUACUGUGACAAUUUUUUUCCAUUCAUGUAGCAGAUGCUGAGUCUGACAGUUAAUUUUUCCUCCUCCGUUUCCUCUACAGCAGCAUUAAGGGUCAGAGUUGGUCCCCUUUCAUAUUAGAACACAUAAUUUUAGUUUUCAAGGAUGAGUCUUCAGGCACAUAACAAACACAUUUCCUUAUUACAGGAAAGAAAGCAUAAAAACCUUGUAAAAUACUAGCACCACAACUCUAAAAUAUUGAUUAUUGAUGCAGAGCUGAGAAACUCUAAAUCAUUAUUGCCUGAAUCAGCAAGGCUAGAAUUGGGCAGCAAAGUGAUGUGAGCUUCCCAAAUGAAAGAGUGAGGGGUGCUCAAAGGAAGGAUUUAUAUCCAAUGUUUCCUUUGAAGGAGACAGGUUAGAAUUUUUUCCCUCUGUUAUCAAAGAAAAACAAGACUACAUUCCACAAAAUAGCCAACUUAAUGUAAAGGUUUGAUAACUCAUAUGCACCAAAUUCACUGCAUCAUCUUGAACAAUGUUAGUAAUGUGUUUACUAUUAGCAAGCAAAAUGUUAGUAACAUCUAAUAAAACUACAUCAAAUAUAAAGAAUUGUUAUUUUUGGAAAGUGUAUCUGGAUAGAAUUUACACAUAUAUUCCCAAAACCUAAAUACAGGAGUGUUUGGCUAAAAUACUAACUGUAUCAAUGUUAAAAAUAGCAUUUGUUGUGAACACAGCUUGUUUCACUAAGCUAUAAAGGAAGAUUAAGUCAGGCCAUUUCAACAGGAGACACGAGGUUAUUGGUUUAGUGUAGGAAAUCAGGGGUACUGAUAUACCAGUCUGGUAUGUAAGUCUGUGGCCCAUUUUAGAAGGAUGUUAGAAAAAUGCCCUUUAUUCCUCUUUUAAAAAUGUUUAAUUCUGUUCCAUUGUGGUGAGAAAAAUGCAACUAUAGGGCCUGUUCAUUGUGUCUGGAAUCAGCCAAAAUGGGUACAGAAGUGGGAGAUGUUUGUCAGUUGUGCUAAAGCAUUGUAUUCAUGUUCUAGGAGAUGUCUGAGAAAAGCAGUAGAGAUUAUUGAUUUGCUAGAAGCAGAGAAUACAAAUGUUCUCCUUAUAGGUAAGUUGUGUACAUCCUUCUUUCCAGUGCGCCUUCCACAUAGCUGCUCUGCUUCUAAGUAGCUGAAUUGUAGAGUAGUUCUCAAACAUAUGUGAAGAAAGGAGUUGAGUUUCAUGAACUGCAUUCUAUAUUUAGAGUUGCCCUGGAAUUAUUAAAAGUUGUAGGGUUGGACAGUAUUUAUGCUGCUGUUGCAAUCCCUUCUCUAGUUGACACCUGACACAUAGCCUUGGCAGGCAAGGGGAUUAUUCAAAGAGGAAGAGUUGAAUAUUUAAGGUCUACAGCUGAGUACAUUUCAUAUGUUAAAUGUAUUCAGAAGAUAAGUGAGGGGGUUUGAGCCUUACUCUACAGUAUGCUUGGAGUACAAUCAAGCCAAAGCAGAGAAUUGAAGGACCACUGACUUCAGUGGUAGAUGGUUUCUUGCUGAAAUUAAUAAAAUAGACCUUAGCUUUGGAUGGCACCCAGAUUUAUUUGUAGGUCUUCUCGUGAAGCUGCGCUGUAGGUGCUUGGGCAUUAAUUUGCCGUGAGCAGUUUUAAGAUCUCAUGGUGACUUCCUCCCCACCAAAAGAGAACAGGUCAAAAUCGUCUCAGAGGGAGCCCAGAGUAUGCUCACUUCCCAAAAUAGUUGUUUACAAGCAAUUGUUUUGAUGCUUGCAGAGCUUAUUCUAUGGGUAUUGCAGUUGAAGUUUACUUUGAAGUACACAGCAUGGGCUGUCAAAUGGGCAUGCAAAAUGCUUAAUUUCCACAGUGCAGGUGCUGAUUUUGCAGAUCCUUGUGGGAGAAGAGUCCAUUUCACACUUGGGAUGAUACACUUUGUAUAAAGCUUUACAACACAGUGCAUUGCAAGUUUGCUUAUAUGUUUGGUAAUUUUUUCUAGAAGUUGGUUCAGUUGUUCUGACGGUUAGAUUAUUUGUUAAACUCCUAGGAUUUCUGGAUAUUGUACAAGGUUAAGAAAACAGUUCCUGCCAGCUGGCAUAUAAUAUAAUAUAAUAUAAUAUAAUAUAAUAUAAUAUAAUAUAAGCAAAAGAGAUGGGAUAAAAAUGGAGAACAAACUCUGGCAGUAUUUCUUAGUUGCAUUAAUUGUCUGGCCAGGUGGGAUGGCUACUGGAGGAGUUGGUUCUGUGUAAGGAAGGUCUUUGGCAAUUACUCCAAGGGAUUGUAGAUGGCCUGCUGCCUUUUCUCCCCUUUGCUGCAGCCAGGUGGAACAACUGCUAAUUCAUAGGUCUCGUGACACAUUCAAACCACAACCCUAACGGCUAUUAAUGUUGACUGUGCAUAAUGUCUGUGGCAGUAUAUCUCAAGUCUAGUUUAGACAGAAGAAUUAUUAAUGGUAGGGAGGAAAUGCAUGCUUCCAUGGCGUGAUAGAAACUCUGGUAAGUGACCAAGAGGCCAUUGGUUGUUUUCAGAGAUUGCUUUGGGCUAUUGAAAAGUGCUUUUGUGAGGCAAGGUGGUUGAUUCUCACUGAUACCCCUCUCUCUUAUGCCAUAACCCCCAAACGUGCAUUUUAAGGGGUGUGGGAGGGGCUGCACUAGGUAGAAAAGUCUGAAAAUUUGUGUGCCUAAGGUCACACACGCAGAAGUCUUUUCCACUAGCACGUAUCUACCAUUCAUGGUCUUCGCCAACUCUUUUCCUAGAUACAGGUAGGUAGCCAUGUUGGUCUGCCGUAGUCAAAACAAAUACUUCAUGCAUGUAUCUGAAGCGUGCAUGCACACGAAAGCUCAUACCAAUAACAAACUUAGUUGGUCUCUAAGGUGGUACUGGAAGGAAUUUUUUAAUUUUAUUUUCCUAGAGUCUUGCUGGAAUGGGUCUCAUUUAUUAAGCAGCUAAGAUUUCAAAGAGCAAGCUUUGAUUCACUAAAUGCCUUAGUGCAAUCCUAUAAUCAUUUGCGUUGGAGUUACCAUUCAACUCAGUAAGGUUUAUGUUUUGGCUAAACAUGUGUAGGAUUGAGCUGUAGGUCUUACUAUUUCUCACCAGCUCAUUUACAUUAAAGUGUAACAUAUAAAACAGAAUUAAGCACUCCUUGAACUGUACUAAACAGCUUGCAAGCAAAAAUCCCUGUAGGAUUUUUUACUUUUCAGUUUCAGAGGUGGUUUUCCAUGUAGCAUAGUUCGUGAGAUCAGGGUCCCAUUGUUCUACAGAGCCUGCGGUUUACAGCCUUGUGGCAGGUGGCGAGAGCUGUGCAGGCAAAUCAACAUUGCUCCACUACCUCCUGAACAUAGUGUUGCUGCCAGUUCCUGAGAGGGAGAGCUGCAAGGUGAAGGAGCUCAGCACAGUGUGGUGGUAGGAGUAUUGGAUUGGCUCCUCAGCUGUGCAGAGCUUCCCCCCCCCCCUCCGUUUCAGGAACCAGCAGUCAUUCUCAGUAUUUGGGAGGCAGGUGAGCAGUGCUGCCCCACUGUUACUGGCCAGUCCUUUCCACCGAAAAGCCCACCUGCAGCCCCUGGAUAAGCAAAAUGGUACUUCCUAGGGUUCCGAGUUUGCUCUAGCUCUACAAACCAUGUUGAGUGAAAUUAUGGUUUAUGGGAAAACACUAUGUGCCUUAGUUUCCUCAUAUUUUAUCUGUUCUUCCCUGGAAGAUUUUUGUACCAAGAAUUUGAGGUAUAUAUGUCAUGCCCUAAAGAAAUGGGAUAAGCCCUCUCUGUAAGUGGUCACUGGACUCUUUCAUUGGGCUGAUGCUUCAUUUCCUGAUAGUGUAACUUGGAGGUUGUCAGGGAACUGCCAUCAGUGCCGGAGGGAGAGAGCAAAAUCCAGAGGGAUUCCGGAGAGCGUCCCGGGAGUGGGAGAGGCAGCCCAUCUUCUGGGGAAGAGAAUCAGCGUAGCACCAGUGCAGAAGGGGGGCAGAUGGGGAAGCGGCGAGGCGGUCCCAUGACUCCUUGCCGGGGACCAGCGGGGAGAGUAGAGGUCCUCCGCUGCCUACGCCCUCCUUGCGCAGAAGGCUUUCGCGCAGAGAGAGUAGGAGGAGACUAGGCGUCAAAGAGCUUCUUUGCUGGAAGAAGUUUAAGAAACGCCCACUGACGGAUUCUGCCAGCGAUUGAGGCAGCCACGGGUGAGUGGUCACUUAGGCAACCCAGCCAAGUGUUUGCACCGGCUUACGCACGAGCAACCCCUAGAACCAUUACAGAGGUUUUCAACUUUUUUGAGUCCAUGGCUUCCUUGACCAACUACACUCUUUCUCUGGCACCCCUGUGGGGCUCAGGAGCCCAGUUAUGUCAUUCCUUGCUUGCAGGGCUGGCAAUCUCUCACCCUUCUUCAAACACCCUCCCUUGUGGGGUGUUUCCUCAUCCUUCUCUCCUCUUCCCUCUCCAUGGGAGUUCUCUGGGCAGCCUCUGCUGCUGCCCCUGGUUUCUGAGCUGCCCUCCCUGCCCCAAAGAGAGCUGCCUCCCAGAGGCACCAUUCGCUUGGGAAACUUGUAGCCAGGGCUGAUGCAACAGCCAGCCACACAAGCCUUUGGGAGGCAGAGAUGCAAGAGGGCACCAGAGGAGGUAGGAAAGGAAGGAGGGACAGAGGCCAGUGUUGCCUGCGGCACCCCUGACCAUCAUUCAAGACACCCUAGGGUGCCACGGCACACUGGUUGAAAAUCAUUAGUGUAACUAGUUUUAGAGGAAACAGAAUAAGCACCCUUGCAGAAGUUGGGUCUGUAAAUCUUGGAUAGCUGUAUGCAUGCCUAUGGGGUCUUUACUGUGGCUUUUUACUAAGUAACCUCCUUACAUCCUGAAAUGUGGGCUUAGUUGGAAAUCACUUUAGCAUAUUACUUUGAGAUUUUAUUUUGGCUGGACACCUGCAUCUUCCUUCUGUCUCAUCUCCUUAUUUUCCUUCUUUCAGUGAAGACCCUGUUUUCUGCUGUCCCAUUUUUCUCCACCUGUGAGUAGAGUACUGUUGGCUAGCCUACAGAUGGGUAGAUUAGGGAGGUUGGCAUUUAGCACUGUGGCUAAUUGGUAAUUGUGCCAUUCAGCUAGGGCUGGGAACAUUCAUCCUGUCUGCAUUUUUAAGCAAACCAACUCCCCAACAAUUAAGUGCAUUGACAUAAUUAUCACUCGUCUCUGAAUUUUGCAACAGUUAUUGGCUUAAAGAUUGUAGUAAAAUGCCCACUUUGGGAUAAAACAUGUUUAGAAAUGCAUGCAUUAAGAUAAAAUAUGUAUUUAAAUACAUAUUUGGCACACUUAAACAUUGGAUUAUUGUACAAACAGGCUAGAACAGACUUAUGAAUGUACGCAUGGAAGACUGACACAGGCCAGAAAUGGACUGAUUCACCCACCCCUACACUAAGCAAGCUCAAAACUGGCUACUUUUAAGUAGCUUUCUCUUUGGUGAAAACGUUAUGCAAUCUUUCCAAACUUGCUUCUUCAAUCUUGCAUCCUGCACACAAUUGUGUUCUUUCCUCAUGCAGCAUUUAGUUCACUGUUCGAGGUUCUUCAGCUUUGUGUUAUGACAUCUUACUGUGAUCUGUGGUGCUGGUGUUUGCCUUGACCACUGUGAAAUAGUUUGUGUGCUGCUUUGGGAAUCUAUAUCCCUAGUUGACAUAAUCAAGAAUGAAAGGGAAACAUCUGAAAUUUGUUCUACUAGUGAAUAUGAAAUUUCACCCAAAGGACUAUGAAGUAAAAAUAGCCAAAGUACUGUGUUUCUGAGAAAGCAAUACAGGCAUCCUUCCACUUAUGCACGAUCAACUCGUGUGCAACCAAGUAUAUGGGCAGUGAUGGGGAAUAAUUUAAUUCAUACUGGGAAAUGGAAGGAGAGCUGGAGAACACAUUUGGCUCACGAGGAGACCCUUCCCAGAGCCAUAAUUGGACUUUAGUGAAGGUGGAAAAGAGACUGGAGGUCCAGCGGGGCUUUGUUUACACUUCUCAGCCUCCUUGCCUAACAGCUGGUGUGUGGACGUGGUGCAGCACCACUUUUCCGCAUGUCUUCCAGCCUCCGGCCGCCCCCAGAGUUUCAGUUCCAGUUGUGGAUAUUUUGGGUACAGUAUUUUGUAUAUGGACUGGAGAAGAGAUCAGCAAACAGGAAACAUAAAGGGUGCCUCCCCACUUACAUGAUUUUCACAUAUGCGUGUGGGGCGCCUGUAUUUUGGUCACUACUACUACAUCUAGUGUCACUAUGCUACGCUAUGCUAUUCUUGGUCAGUUUGUUGUAAAAGGUCUCUUAAUGGAAAGGUGCAGAGUUGGGGGGUUCAGUAAACCCCAUUUGUCAAGAAUCCUGAAGUGGCCAAUCCUUUAUUGUAGGUACCAAGUUUUAAGUAGGAACUGUUAAUUUUUGCAAUUUAUAUAGUUCCUUCAAGUGUUUAUAAAAGGAUUUGUCGUGUCUCAAAUGCUUCCAUUUCCUUUUACCUCUUCAGAAGAGAAUGCUUCUGACCUGUGUUGUGUAAUCUCCUGCCUGGUUCAAGUUAUGAUGGAUGCACACUGCAGAACUAAGCUGGGAUUUCAGAGUCUUAUUCAAAAAGAAUGGAUCAUGGGAGGACAUGCGUUUCUGGAUCGGUGUAACCAUCUGUGGCAAACUGAUAGAGAGGAGGUAUGACAAAAUGAAAUUCUUGAAGUCUUUGAGCAAAACCAUAUCCUCUAGGAUGGUAUUAAAGGGGGAAGGCUGAGAAUCAUAAUGGAAAUACUGCAUUCAGCUAUUCAACAGUGACAACGUAGUAUGUUUUUGAAGUAGCUUAAUUUGGACUUUAGCAAAAUGAUAGUACAGUAUAGUGGAACUCCGUACCUUAAGAGCCCUAAAUAAGGAGCCUGCCUUUAGAAAUGGGUAUGAGACUAGGCCAGGCCAAGACCCACAAUUUAAAAAACAACUCCUUCUCAUCCCCACCAGCCAUACUUAAGUUGACAAAGGUCAGUAAGGAAAGGGUAUCACAUGGAAUACCCCCUUGGGUAGGUUUAGUCUUGGUGAACUCAAUGCAUCAAAUACCCCAAGUAAUCUAUUACAUAAUGUCGGUUUUUUUCCCUUUUAGGCACCACUUUUCUUGUUGUUCUUGGAUUGUGUAUGGCAGUUGGUUCAACAGUAUUCACUAGCCUUUGAAUUUACAGAGACUUACCUAACUGUCUUGUCGGAUAGUCUGUACAUACCAAUAUUUAGCACCUUCUUCUUCAAUUCUCCGCAUCAAAGAGACACUACCAGGGUACGUAGACUGGGGGCUGUGGGGAAUUAUAGAUGGGUUGUCUUGGUGCAGCUGAAUUCUCUUUGGAUUUAUGACAGCAGUACAAUCAAGUGCCAGUAAAAGUCUUGUUUUUAUAACGUACAAAUGCUAGUGUGUUUUUGUUUUGUUUCUGUGUAUAACUCAUUCUAACAAUGGUAUAUAAAGUUGUGCAGCGUGUUGAAUCACUGCCUCUUUCUGCUGGAAACCUUUUCACCCCUUCUCUGGCUUCUGAUACCUCGCCAGACAUUGCUCACAUACUUUCAACUCUUUGCAGCCAUGAAGGUUACUCUUCAUAUAAAAAAGAGAACUAAAAUUUUGGAAUCUGUACAGACACGGUGUAGUAUCUGUCUUGUAUUGCACAGACGUCAGCAAACUACCUUCUAUCCUAUUCAGAGGGGGGAGACCCCCCAAUUCUCUCCUUCAGUGCUUUCAUGAGCUAUAGGAAUCCUGAGAGUGUCACUUCUCAAGGAUGGAUGUGAACAAGAUACCUUGAAAGUUGUUCCUCUGCCACAGUUUCAAAAUAAUUAUGAUCUAACUGGAUCCUUCUUUGGAGGAAGGUUAUACUUGAGUGCAGUAUUACCACUUAAGUCUUUAAAAACCAAUGGCUGAAGAAAUUAUUUUUUACAUAUCCACCCUUUCCCUCCUCAUACUAUUUGAGGUAGCAUGGGAUUCCCAGGUAGUCUCCCAUCCAGACUGACCAGAGCUGUUUAACUUUAGAUAACCCAUGACUGUCAUAUGCCUUCAGACCAUGUCCUGGAUCAAGUGGAUUUUCUGUUCGGCUAGAAUAGGUGUACAGAUACGCUUGGUACAGUGAAGUUAUACAAUGCCAUUUUGAGAAAUGUGUUCAAAUCCUGCUAAGUCUACGCAGACUAGAGAGGUGGUUGAGGGAGCUGAAAUUGCUGAAGUAAAGAUGUUACUUGCAGUAAAGAGCUAGUAUGAACUGAUGCUUAUUAGAAAUAUAUUCGAGAUUCUAAUUCUUGUCUGUUUUUUUUUUGAUAGUAUGGAGGAAGCCUUAAUACAGAAGGCACCAAACUUAGUUAUCUUCACGUUUGGGACUGGUCUGUGCAGUUUGGACCUGAGGCACAAGCCUUGCUGAAUAAUCCUCUUUAUGCUGAGAAGCCAAAACAUGAUAAGAUUCAGAAAAAACCUACACAAUUCAAGGUAUGGUGUCCAACUCUUAUCCUUAAAACUCUAUAUCAUUUUUCUGCCUUAUGUAAAUAACAGUGGCUGAUGACUUGUGUCACCCACUGUUCAGUUAAGGUAGAACCUGUGGAUUUCUGCAAAUAGUUUUCUCAGUGCCAAUAUCAAAAGCAAGGUUUACAGCUUACCUUGCUGCAUUAUUUUCAGCAUCAGAUACUUCAAUCAUUGCCAUGAUUUGCUGCCUUAAUUGAUUGCUAUGAGUUAACCAUAUAAAGCUAAGUAAAAUAGUGUUAACAUAUGAUUAGGUAAAGGGACCCCUGACCACUAGGUCCAGUCGCGGAUGACUCUGGGGUUGCGGCUCUCAUCUCGCUUUAUUGGCCAAGGGAGCCGGUGUACCGCUUCCGGGUCAUGUAACCAGCAUGACUAAGCAGCUUCUGGCAAACCAGAGCAGCGCAGGGAAACGUUGUUUACCUUCCCUCUGGAGCAGUACCUAUUUAUCUACUUGCACUUUGUGCUUUCGAACUGCUAGGUUGGCAGGAGCAGGGACCGAGCAGAAGGAGUUCACCCCGUUGCUGGGAUUCGAACCGCCGACCUUCUGAUCGGCAAGUCCUAGGCUCAGUGGUUUAACCCACAGCGUCACCCGCUGCAUCACAUAGUCAUUUUCUGGUCUUUGGGAUUAACUUUGAAAUUAACCAAUAACAAAAAAUGCAAAUAGUCCUUUAAUUAAAAAGUAUACAUCAGUAUAUUUUGUAUGUGCCCUCAAAUAAUUUUUCAUUUGAGAACCACUAAAGGAUUUGCAGUCUUAAGCAUGCUAGGUGAAUUAUUUCACAAUUUGAUGGGAAAGGAUGUAAUCCUUUUUUGAACUGCAACAGGGGGUUUAGUGAGUUGCCUGACUGGUAUGCAUCUGAAAUCUGCAACUGUUUUGCUGAGCAGAUUUAGGUAGUUUUUUAAUAACUUGUAAAAACUUUCAAAGAUGUGGCCAAUUAUCCUGUUUUCUGAGGAGGGGCAGUGUCUUGACUUACUGACCCAUUAAAUGUUUUUGUUAGUUAACUAAAUUUAAUUCUAAUUUCACUCCUCUCUCAAAACACUAUCUCAGUUGCGAAGAGAUGGUUGAUAUUCUCAGCAGCUUUCUUACUUGACUGAGUAAUGUGUUGUGUUAUAGCUGCUUAGCUAUUUUUUUACCAAAACACUGGUAAGUUGUAGGCUAUGAUAGCUGUUAAAAUGCAACUUAAAUCUGUCUUAAACUAAACUAUUGCCUAUGUUCAUCCUUUUUUCUUUUUUUUACGAAAAGCAUCAACGGCAGCUUUCCUUACCAUUGACACAAACAAAACCGUCCCCCAAAAGGGGGUUUUUUAAGGAAGAAACGGACCAGUUAAUAAAAAACCUCCUUGGCAAAAGGAUCAGCAGGCUGAUAACAUCUGCCGACGAACUGCAGAAUACCUCCAGAGAAUUUUAUGAGAGUUGGCACUCCAAACCUGCUGAUCUCCAUGGAAUCCUGCUGCCACGCUUAGAAGGACCAGAAAUCAAAGUGUGGGCGCAGAGAUACUUGCGAUGGAUCCCUGAAGCUCAGCUGCCUAGUGGUGGGACAGUUGCCACUGCAACAAAAGUCUGGGAUGUGAUGGAGGACGUGCAAGGUUUGCAGAAGCAAAUGGAUGAACAACGCAGCCAGAGUCUCUCAGAGGAGGGCGCUGCAGCAGAGUCUCCCUUCCAGAGAAAUCCUGCUCGCCUGUCUGCUUUAUUUCCAUUUGCUGGGCUUCAAAGACAUUCUCUCAAGCCAGUUUUACCUACGAGCACCUGGAAAGAUUUGGAAGGUGAGGACUUGGCUAGGAGAGAUGAUGAGUAUGUUGAUUUAGGGGAUGUUUGAUGUGAGGCUUAUGCUCACAAACAGAAAUGAAAGUACUGGCACACUUCUCUCCAAACAUAAAAUUGGUUUCCUGGCAGUGGCUUUCCCUUCUGCCCGAUGAAGCUUUUAGCAUAUGAAGAUUUCCUCACUUGAGCACCCGCAAUAUUUUCUACAUGAGUUUUGAUCAAGCAUUUUAAUUAGUUCUUUCCAUAAGCAUGGGAGAUACAUAGCUGUGUUGCAUAGGGCCCCGUUGAAAAAUAAAGUAAAAUACAAAUUAGUUGCUCAAUCAUGGAAAGAGUUAAGGUGUUGGGGCACUCUCAAAAUCAUAAUAAACUUCUUGUUGGAACAUAAAGGGGUGGUGGUCUCAGAAAUAUCCACCAGAAUUUAAAAAUGUCCUAGUCAGGUAAGUGUGUCUUCCAGGCACAACUUAUAAUGCAUAGAAAAACGUGUGCUGUUUGAAAGACACCCCCCGGCGUUUCUAAGAAGAAUCAGGUGCCAUGUUUUGUUUUGUUUUUUGUUUUUAAUGAACUUGACAGGGUCAUACCUGUCUUUUUAAAACUCCCAACUAGAGAAAUACUAGGUGUUUCUCUCAUUCAUCCUACUUGUUCUGAUCAUCCAUGAUCUGCAGAAUAAUAGUUCAUUGUUGUAUCUUAAUAAGUGUCUUAGUUUUCAGUAACUUAAGAUAACAAUCUCUUGUGCCAGUCUUCUUUUGUUUCCAUCAUGUUAUUAUCCUGCCGCCUUGGUGCAUGACGUCUGGAACACACACUACCAAGUACAGGAUGGGGUAGAACUUAAAAGAUGGCAAUAAGCCAGACUUUUUCUUCCAGAUUGCAUAGGGUGCUCAUGUUGAACUUCCUCACUAGCGCCAGAAGCUUGCACUGAAUCUCAAGUCCUUACUUUACGAAAGGCAACUAAAGAGCUAUAUUCAGCUUUGAAACUGGAUUUGUCAUCCAGUACUGCUAUUUUAUAUAAACGUGACAUUAAAGCUAGCUAUGAAUGUAAAAGUUUAUGCAGUGGAGUUGAAUUGCUGGAUGUUGUCACAACAGUACCUCAGUUAUAAAAGCCAUAUGAAAACUGCUUAUUAAGUUUUGUCUGCCUAUACCAAGCAGAUAAUUCAGCUCUGAAACAGAGGCUUUGAGAAGUCUAGAGGGUAAAGUCUUAAUGUACAUAAAUCCAGAAGUAGCCCACAAGAUAGAAUUGGCUCUUAGUAACCCUUCCUCCUUGGAGGGCUGGAGCUUCAUGGAUAUGACAGCGCACAAGUGGUUAUUGUACUAGCCCAAUGAGAUUCUAGGUACAGUUUUAAAGCAUUGGCUUGGAGUAUAUCCAGUGUGCUAUACCUGCUUGUUUUUUACGUUGUAUUGGGAGCUAAGAUUAGACUUCCAAAAGAGUGGAUAAUGAAUUGGUGUAAAUCAGGGUAGCUAGCCUGUGGCUCUCCAGAUGUCAUUGGACUCCAAAUCUCAUCAGCCUAAGCUGUGGGUGAUGGGAGUUGUAGACAACAUCUGGAGAGCUACUUAGAGCUACCCUGGUAUAGAUGAAUGCCAAAUGGAAACCUCAGAAUCUAUGUUGCCUUAUGCAUUUUGCUACUGUAAGCUCCUUGAGCUUUCAGUAUUCUUAAAACACAAUAAUUCUAUUUGUAUAUGAGCCUUCCGAAAGCUAGCAUUGCACACUUUUGUUUCUUCAAAUUUAUUUAGCAUUUAUACAGGAGUUUCUCUCCAAUUAGUACAGGCUGUACAUUUUAUAGCUACUUGAUUAUGAUUUUGAGUUCACUUUGGGUGAAAAACACUAACGAUGGAAAGGUUGUUUUUUAAAAAAAUAGCAUUUCCUUUGACAGCUAAACAGUUGUAAUAUAUUGGUCGUGGAAAUGUAUUUAUAUUUAAGCUGUCAAGUAUUGUGUAUAUAGGAAACUCAUGGAUAUGGAGGGAUUUUUAUAAUGGCUUAUGGAACUGCUCCACUCUAAUAGGAACGAGUAUGGUAUUGAUAUGAUCAGAACACACCACUGUGGAUGGAAACGUAUUUAAUUCGCUAUACUGAAUUUUCUGGUAUUCUGUUUUAUACCUCCCAGUUUUACACUGAAUACAAGCUUAACAUUAACAGUACUAAAGGAAAAAAAACUCUUCCUGUUUACUUUAAUGGACUAUUUGGACAAAUGUAUUUGUUUAAUAAAGUGUACUUUUACUAUUUUAACUUGAAAAGUGUCUUUGUCAAUCUCAACGGUUAGGUUUGCAUAGUCUAGUCCAGGGUUUCCCCAACUUGGGUCUCCAGCAGUUUUUGGACUACAAUUCCCAUCACCCUCACCCACUGUUCCUGAUAACUAGGGAUGAUGGAAGUUGUGUGUCUAGCUGUUUCUGAACUACAAGUUGGGGAAUCCCUGGCUGUAGUGUUUUGCGGUACUAAUGGAUGCAGUAACCUUACCAUUGGUUUCAGGAUUCCUGAUAAGCAACAGCAGAAGUGCAGAUCCAUACAAAAC